AUGGGGCGGCUCGCCUGGUAUGCUGGGGUCUCGACGGCUCUGGCAGGAGGUGUCAUCGUGUCUGCCUUCAAUCAGCGGGCAAAUUUCUAUUCAGCAUGUGUCUACUUGUCGCAAAGUAAUUUGUGCUUGAUGAUACUCAUCAACCUGAUCCUCUUUAUCUACGGGAGCCUGAUGUACGGGCUUCAAAGGCUCUGCUAUGGUGCGCUUCGUCCUAUCGAAAUCGAACAGCUCUACGAAAAGUCAUGGUUCGCAGUCACAGAGACAUGUUUGGCUAUGACAAUCUUCCGGGAAGAGGUGGGCGCAUGGUUCCUAGUGAUGUUUGUCGCGCUCUUGACGGGCAAGGUUUGGGGAUGGAUUGGUGAUGGGAGAGUAGAGAUCCUAGAGCAACAGCCACCCGCGAAUCCACGCCUCUUCCAUAUCCGACUCUCGGUCUCCUUAGCCAUGUCGGUCAUAUACGAUAUAUGGCUUAUGAACUACACUAUAAACACGGUCAUACAGCAAGCACGGCCCAACAUGAUGGUCAUGUUUCUAUUCGAGUUCGCAAUCCUUACUUCUUCAUCACUUGCGACAGCGUGCCGGUACUGCAUAUCUUUGGUAGAGGCGAAGGUGGUAAAACAACAGACCCAGGACCGACUAGUUGAGCGCAGAAGAGAGGUUCGGGAAGAGCGGGCGGAGAUGAUCCGACAGCGGGAAGCAGCGGCUGCUACGGCUGGCGAAGGAAUGGAUACAGCUCAGUCGAGUGCGCCACUACCAUCUGAAGAUGAUGUCGACGAGAUGGAUAUUGAAGUCCCAGGAUGGGAGGCUAAGGGUCAUUGGGUGCUGACUCUAGACUUGAUCACAGAUUUCGUUAAAUUGGGUAUUUACAUAUCCUUUUUUGUCAUCUUGCUUAUGUUCUACGGUCUCCCGAUCCACAUAAUGCGUGAUCUGUUCAUGACAGCACGAUCAUUUAUGAAAAGACUCGCAGCAUUUAUAAAAUACCGUCAAGCUACGAAAGACAUGAACUCGAGGUACGAAGAUGCUACAAUUGAGGAUAUUCAGAGAGAGGAUACUUGCAUCAUCUGUAGAGAGCAGAUGAGACCAUGGUCUGUCACAAACCCAGAGGUUCCUCCUGCUGCUCCUGGGGCCGCACCACAGGCAAGACCCGCUACAACGGUCAACGAGCGGACGAGACCUAAAAAAUUGCCUUGUGGACAUAUUCUGCACCUAGGGUGCCUCAAGAGCUGGCUCGAGCGACAACAAGUAUGCCCUACAUGCAGAAGACCAGUUGUAGAUACACCAGGUCAAGCUGCUCCGGGGGCUGCAAAUAAUGCCAAUCCCGCUGCUCCAGGUGCUCAACCACCAGCUCCUGGUCAGCAGGACGGUGCUGGAGCGCAGCCACCCGCCGGCGGUCGUCCUCAACGUAGGAUGCGGAUGCUAAAUCUGGGACCUCUCCGGGUUGGGUUUGGACAGGCAAAUCUCCAAGAAUUUGCCCAAGGACUCCAGGAGCAAGAGCAAGAAAAUGGGGCUGCGGGAGCCGGAAACGCGAGAAUAUACGGCUUGGAAUUGGGUUUUCCCCGUCGAGUCCAACCACAAGCACAAGUGGCCGCUGGUGCGGUGCCAAAUCCGAACGGAUCAGGCUCAAUUCAAGACCAACUUGAACAGAUCGAGCUGCAAAUCGCGAACGAAAUGCGAAAUCUUCAAAUCACACAACAGCAACUGCAACUGGUGCAUCACAUGCAAUUAGAGCUUGCACGAUUGAGACUCGCGCGUGCCGGAGGAGCAGAUCCAUUGGCAGCAAACUUUCAGCUGCCUCCGAUGCCUCAAGUUCCUCAUUUGCCACAACAAGGACCGGUAGGUAGAUAUCCGGUGCCCUUCUACGCGGCCCCUCCACAGAUGGCAAGACAUGUAGCCCUACCGAGCACGGCUGCUAUCCCAUCUGGCAGCGCUGAAUUACCUCCUGGGGUCACAAUUCCGGAAGGAUGGUCUCUCCUCCCGUUAGAGAGACUCGAUAACGGCGCUGGCGUUCCACAAGUCGCUCCAGGACCUGCAGGCUCGGCAGCCAUGGCCGCCACGCAGGCAGCUACCAGCUCUACGGCCGCAACUGCUGAUAAUUCUCGGACACCCACGCUGACGAUAAAUCCCGAAGGUCAUUCGCAGGCCUCAUCGAUUGAUUCGUCCGACACGAAUGCCAUCCACACUCCGCCGUCUGUAGCAGCUGACCAAUCCAACGCCGCAGGCCCGAAUGCCACAACCCCAGGUACCGCCACCGCUGGCAACACAGAGCCCAUGACUACUCAGCAAAAUGUGAAUUCCUUACCAAACUGGGGAUCGAGUCAACUAUUUCGGGGUCAAAGCCCCUUGGCUACAUCAGUAGAUGCGGGCGAAUCUUCUACCGCUUCGGCAGCACAAACAGAAAUACAAGCAUCCACGACCGGGGGUGAGCAGAAUGCUGCGGUACCUUCCUCGUCCUCGUCUGCGGAAGGGUCAUCCGCAGGAGCUGGUGCCGAGGAAGAUGACCAUAAGAAGGAAAAGGGAAAUGCGAAAGCUGUCACGGUUGAAGAUGCCGUAGACGAAGCUGAGGGGGUGUGA